AUGCCGUCUCAAUCCUCCGCCGGCAAGAAGUCCUCCUCCGGCUGCGGCUGCCGCUGCUUUUCCCUCCGGAACCUGAGCCUCCUGGCGGUCUUCCUGGCGCUGUUCUCGGCCCUGUACAGCUUCCUCGACGCUCGUCUCAACCAGUUCUAUAUCUUUGAUCCGGAGCACCUGCACGAUCUGUCGCAGCGCGCGAUCAAGACCCAUGGCGAGGAUACGCGCUCCAUUGUCGACUUCAUCGUCGCGGAGCUGCAGGAGAAAGUUGGUGAGAAGUAUCUGAGCACGGAGGAGGAGUGGGUGUUCAACAAUGCCGGUGGUGCGAUGGGCGCGAUGUACGUCAUUCAUGCCAGUAUCACUGAGUACCUGAUCAUCUUCGGGACUGCCAUCGGCACCGAGGGCCACACCGGCCGCCACACUGCGGACGACUACUUCAACAUCCUGCACGGCACCCAGCUCGCCUACGUUCCUGGAUCCUUCGAGCCCGAGACGUACCCCGCCGGCAGCGUCCACCACCUGGUUCGCGGCGAGGUCAAGCAGUACAAGAUGGACACUGCCUGCUUCGCGCUUGAGUACGCUCGCGGCUGGAUCCCCCCUAUGCUGUUCUUCGGCUACGCCGACACCUUCUCGAGCACACUGGACUUCCCCACCCUGUGGGCGACGACGCGCAUUACCGCGCGCGAGAUGGUUGGCAACUUGCUGCAGUUCAAGCUGUAA